UAGGCUGUUCUCCCCUUGCCCUGAGGCUUUUCUAACUGAGUUGCACACGUUCAGAGCCUUGGUUAGGAGAAGAACUUGCAGGUCUUUCAUCUCUUCCAGCAGCAGGGAAGGAAACAUUUGGAAACAUGGCUGGGAAACCUAAGCUUCAUUACUUUAAUGGAAGAGGUCGAAUGGAAACCAUCAGGUGGAUGUUAUCUGCUGCUGGAAUUGAGUUUGAAGAACAAUUUAUCCAGUCAAAGGCAGAUCUAGAAAAACUAAAGAAAGAUGGAUUCCUGCUUUUCCAGCAAGUGCCCAUGGUGGAAAUUGAUGGGAUGAAGUUGGUGCAGAGCCGAGCCAUUCUCAACUACAUUGCAGAAAAAUAUAAUCUCUCUGGGAAGGACAUCAAGCAGAGGGCACUAAUUGAUAUGUACAGUGAAAGCUCUUGGGAUCUGGGUGAAAUGAUCAUGAUGCUGCCCUGGAAAUACACUGAUCCGAAGGAAAGGGAGAAGGAAACAAUUGCGGUCCUUGAGAAAGCCACUGGCAGAUAUUUCUCAGUUUUUGAAAAGGUCCUGAAAGAUCAUGAUCAAGAUUUUCUGGUGGGGAAUCAGCUCAGCAGAGCAGAUAUCCAGUUGCUUGAGGCCAUUUUAGCAACAGAAGAGCUGAAAGCUGAUGUCCUUGCCAAGUUUCCUCUUUUAAAGGCUUUUAAAACAAGAAUGAGCAACAUCCCUAACAUUAAGAAAUUUCUUCAGCCUGGAAGUCCAAGAAAAUCACCUCCUGAUGAGAAAACGAUUGCAGAAGCAAUGAAAAUUUUCCACUGAGUUGUUCUGCUGAAGACGGCAGCCAGUCUACUAUUGUUGCUUUGAGCAUAGUGCAGAAAUUCCAAUUUCAAACCAUUCCAAAGUGAUGUCUAUGUAAAUCCACAUAACUGAUGCCUCUUCCACAUAUCCCAGGAUAUGAUACCAGAUAAUCUUAUCCCAGAUUAUCGGUAAGCGAAGACUUAUAUAAUCCAGUUUAAAGCAGAUAAUUUCAUUAGGAAACUAAAUUAAUAAGAGAACUGCAAUACCGACUAAGGAGAAACUGUCAUCAUACUGUGUUCCAUUAACAUGAAAUAAAAUAUUUUACACCAUUA